AUGAAUGAAUAUUUUGAGGAUGAUCAAGCCUUCAAUCGUGCUCAGCUAUUCGCUGUUGAGAACGUAGCUGCACUCGGAAUUGGUACCGCACGAGGUCUGGCCUCCAUACCAGAAGCUGUCAUGCGGGUUCGUUAA